AUGCAAGACAUCACAGCCGAAACAGUGGCCAAAGCGUUUUUACACGGCUGGAUAGCGCACUUCGGUGUACCAGAUGCCAUCACAACUGAUCAAGGCAAACAGUUUGAGUCAAAAUUGUUCAAUGAGUUGUCGAACCUAAUUGGUGCUAAACACUUAAGAUCAACAGCGUACCACCCGCAAGCAAAUGGCCUGGUCGAGCGCAUGCACCGUACGCUGAAAACGGCCGUGAAGUGUCACACCAACAGCAACUGGGUCGACAGCAUUCCCAUCGCUUUGCUCGGGCUUCGAACAGCAUUCAAAGAAGACCUAAAUGCCACACCAGCGGAAAUGGUAUACGGCGAAAACCUUAAGUUGCCCGGAGAAUUCUUCGAUAGCAAACCCGAGUACACGGAAAGCGAUUUUCUAGAAAAAUUAAAGAGUACGAUAGCCAAAUUGAAACCCGUAUCAACAACGAGCCACGCCAAGAACAAAGUUUUCGUGCAAAAAGACAUAAACAACUGCACUCACGUCUUUGUAAGGGAUGAUUCAGUCAAACCGCCACUGAAACAACAAUAUGAUGGUCCAUUUGAGGUAGCGAAACGGUUUGGCAAAUACUUCGACGUUGUAAUAGGCAACAAGGUAACGAGAGUCAGCAUCGACAGGCUAAAAGCUGCGCAUGUAGCCGAAGAGGAUUCAUGUCAUACCCCGAUGAGGCGACCAACCGAAAUACCAACGAAACGGAGUAUACUGAAACCCACAUCACAUCUACCUACCAACCGCCAGGAAGAAACUUCAACGCGAGUUGGACGAAAAGUCAACUUCCCCAAACACUUCGCUGACUUCAUCUAA